AUAAAUUAUAAAUAUAUACAUAUAUUAUAUUUAUAAAUAUAUAAAUAUAAUAAUAAUAUUAUUAUAAUAAUUAUUAUUAUUAUAAAAGAAUUGGGCGGGCCGUAUUCAAACACUUGGCGGGCCGGAUGUGGCCCCCGGGCCGUAGUUUGCCCACCCCUGCUCUAAAUGGUACAUGGGUAUGAAUGUGAAUGUUUUGUGUCUGCGAUUGUCGCCCACCAGUCCAGUGUGUACCCUACCUUUUUAAAAGUGGGUGUCCAAGUUGUCAGCGAGUGCCUUGUCAUGCUCUUUCUGCACCACAAGCAAACAGUAUACACUUAAGAACAUGGUGCAUAUCCUCUGGGGGCGUCUGUGCUGUGUUAGAAUGCAUGUGGAAGAUGGAGUGUGUGUGUGUGUGUGUGUGUGUGUGUGUGUACGCCUGAGCAUACCCAGAGCACAUUUGCAUAGCAUCAAGUCAAGCAGCUCGGCUGGGCAGCGGAGCAAGAGAAGAGGACGACGGCGAAGGAGGGCCAAAAUGAAGGAAGCAAAAAAAGCGUCUGAAGAGUCGAAGAAAUGCAAAGCGCGGCUGUGGAGGCUGUUCCCUCACCUGAUCUUGUGUCUGUCUCUGGUCUUGUACGCCGUGCUGGGAGCACUUUUGUUCCAAUACAUCGAAGGAGGCAUCACGUCCCCCACCAAGCUGGAAUACCACGACUUCUUGGCACGCGUUAUCUGGCGUGUCCAGAACCUUACCAAUAACUCGUCAUACAGCCACCAAAAUAUUGUGGAGGAAGUGGAGCACACCAUGCGAGAUCAAUUCAAGACCGUAUGGCUCCAAGAACCUGACAAGUGGACCUUUGCCGGCUCCUUGUUCUUCUGCUGCACUGUCUUCACAACAGUUGGUUACGGCCACAUCUACCCGGUGACCCUGUCCGGUAAAGUGGUGUGUGUGCUGUACGCCAUGGUGGGCAUCCCACUGAUGCUGUUGGUCAUACUGGACGUUGGCGACUUCCUGGCUACGCUGAUGUACAGAGCGUAUGUCAGCAUUCACGCCUUCUUCAAAGUUCUCCGCUCCCACACUUGGCCGUCACUGAGGGCUCGUAUGAAAGCGAGGGAUUCAAACCAGUGGACCGUAGAAGACGGCGUCACCGUUUUCAGCCGUGACGUGGUGGUCCGGGAACUUCUGGACAUGCGGGAAGUGUUGCAGAGCCAAGUGGACGUGAAGCACAAUUCCAUGCAGCUCCAAAAUAAUAAAGACAUCUUUGAGAAGAUCCUCGCCAGGGAGAAUCUACUUCGGAAGAGCCCCCUGCUGAGGAGCCUCUCCUGUCCGGAAUUGAACCGUCUGCCGCCUCUUCCCACCGGAUUUGCCAUCUGGGAUUUCACCGGGUUGGGGGAUAGCAUGGAACAGCUGAAGGUCCCGUUUGUGUUGAUUCUCUUCAUCGUCUUCGCUUACAUUCUUCUCGGAGGUUUGAUCAUGCCCAUCUGGGAGAAAGAGUUCAAAGGGUUUGAUCCGUACUACUUUUGUUUCAUCACCUUGACCACCAUCGGUUUUGGGGACUUGGUGCCUCACCAUCCCAAGUACUUCAUGCUCACCUCGCUCUUCAUCAUCGCGGGGAUGGCGAUCAUGUCCAUGGCGUUUAAGCUGGGCCAGACGCGCAUCGUGAGCUGCUACCGCAAGUGCAUCAAGAUCAUCGGCAAGGGAAGCGGCGACGCGACCGCAAAGUGACAAAAGUGCCUUUUCCAAAGAAACCGACGUGGAGGACAUCUUUGUUGUGGACACUUUGCAUGUUGACUAUAACCUCAGGGCAUCCACUCACGAGUGGACCCGUCGGGUUUCACAUCUCAUCCAAACAACCUUGAAUCAAUUCCCGUAUGCAAGGGGGUCUCAAACACGCGGCCCUAGUUUGAGGCCCCCCGCCUUGAUAAGAAAGUUUAAUGUUAGUGCGACCCGCGCAAGUUUGAUAUGGAUGCUGUAUGGCAGGGGUGGGCAAACUACGGCCCGGGGGCCACAUGCGGCCCACCAAACGUUUGAAUCCGGCCCGCCAGUUGCUUUUAAGUAUUUCAACUUUUAACAUACCAGCUGGCAACAUGACUUUCAAGUCGGAUGUCUUAUUCAGUAAAAAAAAAAAAAUAAUAAUUCAAGGCGUAAAAUUAUUAAAACUAUUAAAAAUUAUUUAAAAAUUAUUUAAAAUUAUUAAAAUUAUUUAAAAUUAUUAAAAAUUAUUUAAAAAAUUAUGAAAAAUUGUGUAAAAAAUAUUUUAAAAAUAUUAAAAAUCAUUAAAAUUAUAAGCAUAAAAUCAUGUGUGUUAUAUACAUACAUAUAAAUAUAUGUUCUGGCCCCCCGCACAAUUUUGUUAACUCAAUGCGGCCCAUGAGUCAAAAAGUUUGCCCACCCCUGCUGUAUGGUAUCAUGUACCCAGAAAAAAUUAUUACCUUUGAUUAAUGUUCAUGUUAAAGGUUAAAUAACUGUUAAUAGUUAUCCUCCCUAUCCGUGUGGAAGUGGUAAGUUUUUGGCUAUUUAAGUUGUUAAGUAAUACAUGAAAAAAAACUUAUUGAGCCCUAAUAUAACCAGUAGUACAUUGAAACAUUCACACCAGGGGUCUCAAACACGCGGCCCGCGGGCCAAAUGUGGCCCGCAGGACACUAGUUUGAGGCCCCCGCCUUGAUAUGAAAGUUUAACGUUAGUGUGGCCCCACGCAAGUUUGAUAUGGAUGCUGUAUGGUAUCAUGUACCCAGAAAAAAUUAUUACCUUUGAUUCAUGUUCAUGUUAAAGGUUAAAUAACUGAUAAUAGUUAUCCUCCCUAUCCGUGUGGAAGUGGUAAGUUUUUGGCUAUUUAAGUUGUUAAGUAAUACAUGAAAAAAAACUUAUUGAGCCCUAAUAUAGCCAGUAGUACAUUGAAACAUUCACACCAGGGGUCUCAAACACGCGGCCCGCGGGCCAAAUGUGGCCCGCAGGACACUAGUUUGAGGCCCCCCGCCUUGAUAUGAAAGUUUAAUGUUAGUGCGGCCCGCGCAAGUUUGAUAUGGAUGCUGUAUGGUAUCAUGUACCCAGAAAAAAAUUAUUACCUUUGAUUAAUAUUCAUGUUAAAGGUUAAAUAACUGUUAAUAGUUAUCCUCCCUAUCCGUGUGGAAGUGGUACGUUUCUGGCUAUUUAAGUUGAAAGGAAAUAACUUGACGGCUACCGUUUAGGUCGCUAGCUCUCUAGUUUGCGAGUUAGCAUGUGUCUCAAGACGCUGCAGUUGCGCAAUAUGUUGUAAUAACUGUUGUAAUUGUUUUUAAUUCUGUAAAGCACUUUGUGUUGCAUGUCUUUGCAGGAAAAGUGCUCUACAAAUAAAGUUGAUUUGAUUUAUAUCAGACAUGAAAAAAACCGUAUUGAGCCCUAAUAUAGCCAGUAGUACAUUGAAACAUUUACACCAGGGGUCUCAAACACGCGGCCCGCGGACCAAAUGUGGCCCGCAGGACACUAGUUUGAGGCCCCCGCCUUGAUAUGAAAGUUUAGCUAGUUUGAUAUGGAUGCUGUAUGGUAUCAUGUACCCAGAAAAAAUCAUUACGUUUGAUUAAUAUUCAUGUUAAAGGUUAAAUAACUGUUAAUAGUUAUCCUCCCUAUCUGUGUGGAAGUGGUAAGUUUUUGGCGAUUUAAGUUGAAAGGAAAUAACUUGGAGGCUACCGUUUAGGUCGCUAGCGCUCUAGUUUGCGAGUUAGCAUGUGUCUCGAGACCCUGCAGUUGCGCAAUAUGUUGUAAAUAAAAAGAGUAUAAAUGUGACUAUAGUCGUGUUUUGUCAUGUCUACAGGGCUCUAAUAAUGCUUUGUUCAUUUUAAUCUGAAAAAAAAUUUGUCUACCCACCAACUAUAUGUUUUAUUAUUAUUAUAUUUAGUAUAUAUUACUGAUUGACUGAUUUUCUUUAUUCUUGAUUUAUUUUUCAUCUUAUUUUGUGCAGAAAAAUAAAAAUGAAGAUAAUUGAGAACAGUGGAAUGUUUUAUCAGAGCUUUUAUUGUGGAAAAUCGGAACCAAAGCAAAGUUUAUUCAUUUUUGUGUUUUUAAUAAAUGCGUUUUUUUUUUUUUUUUUUUGGAAAACCUGAUACGGCGCAGCCUCGCCCAGACCUGAGCUCCAGUGGCCCCCCAGGUAAAUUGAGUUUGAGACCCCUGGUCUAUGCCCGUCUGGGGAUGCUGGAUACUCUUCCUGACGAAUACUAAUGAUUACUAGUAGAUGGUAUAACUAUAAUUGUAUAGUAUAAAAAGUAUUAACGUUUUUUUUGUUUUUUUUUAAAUAAAGAUUUUAACAUUUGGCUUUUCUGGAACAGAUUAAUUGGAAAAUUAAUUAAAAAAAACGACAGCAAAUUAA